UUUUUCACGACUGCAGCCUUCACCACAACCUGCCUGUCCCCGCAAAGCGGGCCAUCAUAGCGCUAGUUCAGAGCACAGCAAUUGUCAAUGAACCACAGCCCAGGGGAGACAAGAGGAGGCUUGUGGUAAAUAAAGCAAGAGUGCCCAGCAACUCAAAUCUCUCCUUAUUCAGUAACGGGGACACUCCGAGCUCCUCCGAGCUUAUCUUUAACUGCUGGGCACAGAGAGCCUGCUUGACCUUUGGUCAAAUGAGGAACAAAAAUUUCAUCCUGUGACUCAAAAGAACUCCAAAGGGAGGAGGCCUCUGGAGAAAAGAUCAGGAGCAGGCAUGGUAGGCCAUCAGGAGUGCACCAUGGAAGAAGACUCCAGGGACAAUCGUGCUCUGCAACUGUGGCGCAAGACCCUGACGGCACCUGCUCCAUUUGCUGAUGAAACCAACUGCCAGUGCCAAGCACCCCAUGAAAAACUGACCAUUGCUCAGGCCCGCUUAGGAACACCAGUGGACAGGCCUGUCAGAGUAUACGCCGAUGGAAUAUUUGACCUCUUCCACUCGGGUCAUGCAAGGGCCCUUAUGCAAGCAAAAACACUGUUUCCCAACAGCUAUUUGUUGGUAGGAGUUUGCAGUGAUGAUCUCACCCACAAAUUCAAAGGUUUCACCGUGAUGAAUGAAGCGGAGAGAUAUGAAGCUCUCAGACACUGUCGCUAUGUAGAUGAAGUAAUCAGAAAUGCUCCCUGGACACUCACGCCAGAGUUUCUGGAAAAACACAAGAUUGACUUUGUGGCUCAUGAUGACAUUCCGUAUUCCUCUGCUGGCUCUGAUGAUGUUUACAAGCACAUAAAGGAAGCAGGGAUGUUUGUUCCAACACAGAGAACAGAAGGCAUCUCAACAUCAGACAUCAUUACCAGAAUUGUUCGUGACUAUGAUGUUUAUGCACGACGCAACCUCCAGAGAGGGUACACAGCCAAGGAACUGAAUGUCAGCUUUAUUAAUGAGAAGAGGUACCGUUUCCAGAACCAGGUAGACAAAAUGAAAGAAAAAGUCAAGAAUGUAGAGGAAAGAUCAAAGGAAUUUGUGAACAGAGUGGAAGAAAAGAGCCAUGAUCUAAUUCAAAAGUGGGAAGAGAAGUCAAGGGAAUUUAUUGGCAACUUCCUAGAAUUGUUUGGACCUGAUGGAGCAUGGAAGCAGAUGUUCCAGGAGAGGAGCAGCCGGAUGCUGCAGGCCUUAUCCCCGAAGCAAAGUCCUGUGAGCAGCCCAACCCGGAGCCGGUCCCCUUCCCGCUCCCCCUCGCCCACCUUCUCAUGGCUCCCACUCAAAACCUCACCCCCUUCCUCACCAAAAGCAGCCUCAGCCUCCAUCAGCAGCAUGAGCGAGGGGGAUGAGGAUGAGAAGUAGAGGCUGCUGGCAGGCAAGAGCCACACCACACAGGAUGGGGAGAGGGCGAGGGUCACAGGGGGUACCUGGGUGGUGUUUGAAGGGUGAUAGUCACAGGGGCUGCAGCUCAGCAGGGAGACCCUGAACUCUGCUAAGGGAAGGUCUUGGGACCAGUUCUCUCUCACCCUCCAUACAGCUCAAGAGUUGGGUGAGGCGUGGAGAUUUCGAGCGGGACAACCUACACAAACCUUCUUAGCAUCAUCUAGAAUCACUCUAACCUUGCUAAGAAAGGAUGCAGAGUGCCCCAGAGAGACUUGCACUAAUGGGGUGACUUCUGCUUUGGUCCUUCCACCCACCCCCACCAAGUGAACCACCUGUGGAAGCAGCUGUUCCCUCAGCCUGCUACUUCUGCCUCCGUAAGGGUCCUGCACGUUGCCUCCCACCAUCCCAGCUCUUCUAGAAUAAAAUUUUUUCCAAUA